ACGAAAGGGACCCGGAAUGGUGGUCAGAUGUUGGGGCGUUGGCGCGGACGUGGGCGUCCGGUGUUCAUCGAUGCUAUCAUUCAGUCGAAUGGAGCUGGCUUUGUUGGCACUCGUGGUUGCACGAUGUCCACACUAGCUAGUCGCAGGUACAGGUGGCCGGGCGCGGACGACCACUGAUACUG